AUGAGAGAUCCCACUGCAGAUAUGGAAGAACCAGCCCAGCCCGCGACGAACGGGUCGACCGAACCCCGCCGCAACAAAUCGGUUCGAGUGGCCUUUGGACCUGAUCUAGAAACCACCAUCCCUGCACGCGAGCGAUCUCCAGCUCCAUUGAGCAGCCAUCAUCGUUCUUUUACGACCGUCGAGCAGAAGCCGCCGUCUCUGGCAGCUCCGUCCCCUCGGCCUACGAGUUCCGCGGGAGUGAAUGCAGCCAUAGGAUCGGGCUCACCACCGCGACGCCCGUCUCCUCGAAGAUCAGAGAGUAGUCGUCCAGCCAUGCUCAAGAGAGCCAAGAGUGACUAUGGUCCAAGCCGCGUCACCUUCGAUCAGACAGUUGUGGGAGAGGAAGAGGAGGAUUUUGCCAUGCGACAUGGAUGGCAGGAAGAGGUAUACCUCCAGCGAAUACCUCAAGAUCCUGCACUCGAGAAACGUCACGAAACCAAUGGUAUUCCCAGAGACCCCGUCGGUAGCUGGCCAAGCCAAGACUGGCGUAUGAAGGAUCGAUUGAAGACCGUGUCUGCUGCGUUAGCUAUCUGCUUGAAUAUCGGUGUCGAUCCUCCCGAUGUGGUCAAGACAAAUCCGACAUCUAAGCUGGAAUGCUGGGUGGAUCCUACUUCCACUACAGGUGGGGGUCAGAAUAAGAUCAUGGAGCAAAUCGGCAAGAAGCUACAAGAGCAGUAUGAAACCCUCAGUCUUCGGACGCGUUACAAGCAGUAUUUGGACCCGUCCGUGGAUGAAACCAAGAAGUUCUGCAUCUCGUUGCGUCGAAAUGCCAAGGACGAGCGAGUGCUCCUGCAUUACAACGGACACGGAGUCCCAUUACCAACACAGUCAGGUGAAAUUUGGGUGUUCAACAAAAAUUACACUCAAUACAUUCCUGUCCCACUUUACGAUCUGCAAUCCUGGCUAGCCGGUCCCAGUCUCUUCGUUUUCGACGUGUCACACGCAGGAAACAUUGUCCAAAAUUUCCAUACGUUUGUCGAGAAGCAUGAGAAGGAAAAUAUCGAGGCCAAAAAGAGAGACCCCAACGCAAUUGUCCAGAAUUACGGCGACUGCAUUCUUCUUGCAGCGUGCCAGAAGAACGAGUCCUUGCCCACUAAUCCCGAUCUACCGGCUGAUCUAUUCACCUGCUGCCUUACAACGCCAAUUGACAUUGCACUGCGAUUUUUCAUCUUGCAGAACCCCCUUCGUACCGACUUCACUAUCGAGGAUUUCAGAGUACCGGGCCGCUUGCAAGACCGACGAAGUCCGCUUGGAGAGCUAAACUGGAUCUUCACUGCCAUCACCGAUACCAUCGCAUGGAAUACCCUUCCUCGGGCACUAUUCAAGAAGCUCUUUCGUCAAGACCUAAUGGUCGCCGCCCUUUUCCGCAACUUCCUCCUCAGUGAGCGCAUCAUGCGCACGUACAAAUGCCACCCCAUUUCAUCUCCCGAACUACCUGAAACUCAUCAUCAUCCGCUCUGGAAAAGCUGGGAUCUCGCCGUUGAGAUGGUGCUCUCGCAGCUUCCUGCACUAAUUGACCAUGAGGAAGGGCGCAGGCAGUAUGAGUACCAGCACUCGACAUUCUUCGCUGAGCAGCUUACUGCCUUUGAGGUUUACCUCUCCUCGGGACCUACGGAGCAGAACCCCCCGGACCAACUUCCUAUCGUACUGCAAGUAUUACUUAGUCAAGCACAUCGACUGCGCGCUCUGAUCCUUCUGAGCAAGUUCCUGGACUUGGGUCCGUGGGCCGUGCACCUUGCACUCAGUAUCGGCAUCUUCCCAUACGUCGUCAAGCUGCUGCAGUCAGCUGCCCAAGAAUUGAAACCGGUAAUGGUCUUCAUUUGGGCUAGGAUCAUGGCUGUCGACCAUACAGUCCAAAACGAUCUCCUCAAGGACAACGGGAUUCAUUACUUCAUCUCUAUUUUAAACCCAUCGUCUCCCAUACCGGUUGGUAAUGCUAGCGAACACAGAGCCAUGUGUGCGUUUAUUGUUUCAAUAUUCUGCAAAAACUAUCCUCAGGGCCAGAAUGUGUGUCUGUCCGGGGAACUAUUUGACUCGUGUUUGAGACACCUUGCAGAUGUUGAGAACCCGCUGCUGCGGCAGUGGUCCUGUCUUUGUCUCAGUAUGCUGUGGUGCGAGUUCCCGGAAGCGAAGUGGAUGGGUAUUCGAUGCGCAGCGCCAGCAAGGCUUUGUGAACUCAACUUUGAUCCGGUUCCUGAGGUUCGUGCGGCAAUGUUGCAUGCAGUGACUACCUUCCUUGGCAUCCCGGACUUGACAGAUCAAGUGGCUCAAAUUGAAGAGCAACUCGCUCUAGCGGUGUUACCCAUGUCGGCUGAUGGCAGUGUGCUCGUUCGGAAGGAGCUCCUGGUAUUCUUCUCGACCUUCGUAAAACGCCAUCAGAACAAAUUCUUGGUGGCGGCGUACGAGGAGCUUCAGGAUGAGAAGCAGUCUCUGCUCCAUCGUCUUCAGAGCGAGACAUUUAAAAAAAGCCGUCUCGAGUCUAAGAAGGGUGACAUGGUUGCCGAACCAAAAACACCUCAGUUGUCUCGCAACACAACCUUCGGGACAAUCUGGAAGCAAGUUCUAAUUCUUUCGGUGGACCCUCACCCCGACAUUGCUCAAGAUGCUGGUGUCAUUGUCGAUUUCAUUCAUCUUUCCCUACUAGAGAUUGAGAUCUUGGAGCUCACAUUCCGUAUGUCGCAGCGAUUCCAGGUUCACGAGCGAUCAGAGGCAAAGAAGGUUGCACCUCCCGCAACACCGCAGUCGGCAACGACGACACCUCCUAAACAAGAUAGCUAUCUAACCUUAGGCUUCAAACGCACUGCCAGUGUUGCCGCCUCUCUUAAGAACCUGGCUUUUGGAGGAUCCGCAGGGGACGAAGGCUCGGAAGGCUCUGCUCUCCAAUCACCCUCGACUAGCCGCAUGCCCUCAACUCCCCGCGUCAACGAUAACGUCGCUCCUGCGACUUCAUAUCACCGAAAUCCCGCCCCUGCAUCCCGCGGCUUUGUCCCCAGAAACUCAGAGGAGACUCCAAUCAUUCCCCUGAGGAGUCGUUUCCUGGACUGGUCAACAGAGUACUUCCGGGAGCCUCAGAUGAAACCCAAUGAGCCCGACGAGCCAGGUAGCUCCGAUUACAAUGAACGACUGUGGCGACGCGGCCGCAAUGAAAAGAUCAUCGCGGAAACUCAACCGCUCAAAGUUCAGGCAGGUACAAGUCGAUGGGACAACUCCACGACUCUGUUGUCCAAUCAGAGUCAGCCUCUGAAGAUGACUUUCCAUCAAUUCGAGGACCAUAUCGCUGUUGCAGACGACCGCGACACUAUUGCGAUUUGGGACUGGCAGAGCCACAAGCGUCUAAACCAAUUUUCGAACGGAAACCCCGUUGGAUCCAAGAUUAACGAAGUUCGAUACAUCAACGAGGACGACCAGGCUCUCUUACUGACAGGUUCUUCCGAUGGGGUGCUUAAACUAUUCCGCAAUUAUGAAUCUUCGCGGAACAUUGAGGUCGUCACGGCCUUCCGAGCUUUACCUGAACUCAUCCCAAGCAAUCGUAAUGCCGGGCUUGUUCUUGAUUGGCAACAAGGUCAAGGUAAAGCUCUCGUUGCUGGUGACGUAAAGGUCAUUCGUGUCUGGAACGCAGCUACUGAGGUCUGUACUAAUGACAUUCCUGCGCGAUCUGGAUCUUGCAUCACGUCCUUGACGUCAGAUCAAGUAGCGGGCAAUAUCUUUGUUGCGGGAUUCGGUGACGGCGCCGUCCGUGUCUUCGAUCAGCGCCUAAAGCCGACCACAUCCAUGGUCAAAGUCUGGCGUGAGCACAAGCAGUGGAUCACUAAUGUCCACAUGCAACGUGGCGGCUUGAGAGAGCUCAUAUCUGGCAGCCGCAACGGCGAAGUGAAACUGUGGGAUCUCCGCAUGGACAACGCACUCUCGACCAUCUUCACCACCAAAGAUACCCUCCGAACCUUGAGCGUUCAUGAGCAUGCUCCCGUAUUUAGCGUGGGUUCAAAUCGCCAUGAAAUAAAGACUUUCAAUGUCGAUGGCACCUACCUCUCUACUUUCGAGCCAUACUCGAGCUUCCUCCACCAUAACCGCUCCUCCCCCAUCGUCAGCACCGCCUUCCAUCCCCAUCGCACUAUGCUCGCGUGUGCAGCUUUGAACGACAACCACAUCAACCUCGUGUCUUGCUAG